UAUUAGUAUCUAUCAGAAGCCCAAAACCACAAAAAUGGCGAACCCCAACCCUCUCCGCCACCUCCUCCUUCGAUGGCCGUCGAACGCCGCCGACCUAUGCAGUACAAGAGUCUGUAACUCAGGCAUUAAUAAUUGGCGUUCACGCUAUUCCACUGCCACACCCGAAUCCUUUGCGCAAGACGAAAAGCCCGACGAGAAGAAUGAUACAAAUUGGUUCACUUUGCCCCCGUACACUGACACAGUAAACGGCGCCGCUUUAGGUAAGGAGAUCGCCGGCAGGUGGUCGGAAUCGAGAAAGGAUGCCAUUAAAGAUUCCAAAACUCAAGAAUCAGCCACCGACGUUGCUUCAACGACCGCGCUGAAAUGGAUUCUCCGGUGCUGCCCCGAGCUUCCGAGAAGCCUUGUUCAGAAGCUCUUUCGACUCAGACAGGUUCGAAGAGAAUCCUCAAACAUAGAAGAUUCUGAUUCCAGUGCUCAGUUACAAAAACCUCGACUUAAAAGGGUGACAGCUAAAGACUCCAUGAACUUGGGGGACAGAAUAUUUCUUCCAGUUACUGUAAAAGAAGUCCCUGUUGAGAAAAAAGAGUUGCAUUGCAAUGGAGAAGAAGUGAACUUUAUCCGUAGUCUUGAGCUAUAUAAGGAUCCAGCCAUUAUUGUUGUCAAUAAACCUCCGGGAAUGCCUGUUCAGGGUGGUAUUGGAAUCAAGACAAGUUUAGAUGAACUGGCUAUUACUUGCUUAAGUUAUGACUGCUCAGAAUCCCCUCGGCUGGUACACAGACUUGACAGAGAUUGUAGUGGGAUCUUGGUCAUGGGACGUACACAAAUAAGUGCAACAGUUUUGCACUCGAUUUUCCGAGAGAAGACAUUUGGAGCAUCUGGAAAUGACACUUCUAAUGAAAAAAGAGUUCUGGAAAGAAGGUAUUGGGCACUUGUCAUUGGAUCUCCGAGACAUCCAAAGGGUUUAGUUUCAGCUCCAUUGGGAAAGGUGGUGGUGGACAACGGAAAGUCCGAGCGAAUUACAGUUGUGAACAAUUCACAAAGUUUGUCAUCUCAGCAUGCAGUUACGAAGUAUAAAGUGAUCGGAUCAUCAUCUCAAGGUUACACGUGGUUAGAGCUCUCUCCUCUUACGGGUAGAAAGCACCAGCUUCGUGUUCAUUGUGCUGAGGUUUUGGGGACACCAAUAGUUGGAGACUACAAAUAUGGUUGGCAGGCUCACAGAAACUUGAAGCCUUUAAGUUUGUCUAAUGUUGAGAGCCAACAUGAAGAGUUGCCAAAGAGGAAAAACCUCCCGUUUGGCAUUAACAUGCACAAUGGAAGUAUUUCAGAGAAACAUCCUCGACUACAUCUUCACUGUAAACAAAUGGUUUUGCCAAACAUAACUCAAGUUUUGCAAAAUCUGGGACAGUAUUCAGACUAUGAUCUUUCACAACUAGAAAGCCUCAAACUGGAUGCUCCUAUGCCUUCCUACAUGGAAAGAAGUUGGAAUAUCACGAAUUCCUAAGCUACGGUAGGUUGUAUAAUGUUAGGUGUGGUGGUGUAUCAUAAGUUGGGAUGCCCCACAGACUAGCAAAAUGGUUCUGGUAAGUCCUAUACUUAUUCUCUAUUAGGUAUGUUUGCAAGGCAGAUUCCUCAUUUGAAGUCGAGUAAUCUUUUGGUUUUUCACACAUGACAUUGAGCCAAACCAAAUUGUGACCAAAUUAAAUCCGAGGUGAAGACAAGAAAGACAGAUGCUUCAUUCAUUUCUUUCUGUGGCAACCAUAAUACAUGUUAGGCAUAUUUCAUCAUUAGUUCCAAAUUUCAUGGUUUCUUGACAAAAUGAUCCUCAAUUUUUAUACCCCAGAUUCAAUUUAUGUGAAGCCGUACUCUUGGGACAAUAAUCUAUGAGUAUUCUUGGCACCAUAGCUAAUCUCUCUGAGAAUUUAAAUUUAAAUUUAAAUCUAUGAGCAUUCUGAUCGCACGUUGAUAAGUUUAAAUUAAUGUGAACUUAAACUAUACUAAUAACCAUUGUUUUUGUUUUUGUUUAUGUUUUUCAUUUUUACGAACAAAGUUUCAUUUGAUUGGCUACACUUGUAUUCCUUUCAUAUGAUCAAGCUGUUUUAUUAUUACUAUCAUGAAAUACCUAGAUCAUCCUUAACAAAAGAAAGAAAAACCCUAAAUGAUCAUCAUUCAUUUCCACUUGUCAUU